AUGUCGUCCAAACAAAUCCCACCGGAUGCACCGCUUAGGAUUCGGUCCUACCCCAAGAAGGAAGAGGAGAACAACAUGAGAAUUGUUACUCCAGUGGAGAUAAAGAUCCCGAACAACACAUAUAACCCGCCCGCCUGUGAUGUUACCCAAGGCGUCCUUGUCGUUAUAUUCGCCACCACUUACACCAGCAACAUCUACCAUGAAUUCAACGAUAUCGCCAUCCCCCUUUUCCUCACAUGCCGCCAUUUUCAAUCACGCAUAAGGUUCAUUGUCACUAAAUUCGAUCCACUUCUUUCAGGCUUAUUGAGCUAUGGGGUCAUCAAUCCGACCGACAACGACUUCAAGCAACUCCUUCGAGAAUCGUUCAACUUGAGAGUAAAGCAUUAUUUUGAGAUACCAGAGCUGAAUAUGGUCCUUGUUUUACGUAGAAGGACGAGAAUGUUCGUGAAUGAAAACGAUCUGCUUUCUGGGGUGUUGAACAGAUGUAGUGUUCUGGUGGGAACUCAUGGGGCAGGACUAACAAACAAUGAGUUCUUGCCGGAAGGAGUUGUGGUGGUGCAAGUGGUGGGAUGGGGUCUGGAAUGGGCUUCUGAAGCCUACUAUGGUGGAGUCCGCGUCCUCUAA